GAGGGAGGCUCGAGAGCGAGAGAGUCGGGAGAGAGAGAGGGAGGCUCGAGAGCGAGAGAAUCGUGAGAGAGAAAGGGUGGCACGAGAGAAGGAGAGUAUGGAGACGGAGGAUAUUGAAGGAGAAGUAAGUCCGAAGACCGCGUGUCGCCAGGCGAAGAGCGAAUUGUUGGCCGUGUUGGAGGAAGGAAAGGGAAACGACCAGAAACAGUGGGUCAAGCGCGAAGUGGGUAGGAGAAAGGGUAGCCCAUUAUACGAGUGGGACUACGUUUCUACCAACGCGCCAACGAAGACAUCUCCCCCGAAAGGAGCGGAGCUGUUGCCCCGUCAUCCUCCACCACCAACUUACGCAUCUCCCCUGGAGGGGAUUUAUGAGGAGAAGCCAGUGAUCAACCGGCGAAGUCAUCUUCCGCGCCUGUCUCCUCGGCCCCCUUUGCCGAUUAUUUUGGAGGGGCGUAUGUUUGGGGGUUUGGAUCCGAUUCCGACGGUUCCACGCCUGGAUCCCCCACCAGGUGUCUGCCAUAAUUGUUGGCGGAAGGGACAUGAGGUGCCGAAAUGUCCCAGCAAACUGGCGAAAUUUUGCAAAAAUUGUGGAAGGAGGGAGGUGAUUCUUACUGAUUGCCCGCGCUGUGCUAGGGUCAAUCGGUUGAUCAUGGAGGAACGUUUCGGUAAGAAACAGUACGAGGAAUUUCGCCAGCAGCGGGAGAAAUACUACAAACUAUUACACCGCACUUUACCCCGGGAGACAACUCGGCCGGAGUUGUUAAGCCGAUCGCCGUCACCAGCGAAGGAGGGUGGGAGUAAAUCUCCUAAUCGAUCAGCGUCCGUGAGUGGAGUAGAUAGUAGUGUGGGUCCAAGUCAAGAAAAGAAGCGGAGCUUCUUGGACGAGUUGGAAAGACUAGAGAGAAUGAUUGUGGAUUUGCCACUUGAAAUUGCAAAGGAGAUGAAACUGCAAUUCUGGAAGGAGUUUCAAAACAAGAAGGAUUGAUUUCCUUUUAAAAUAGAGGCAUUGUCGCCUCCCCCAUAUUUUUUUUGUUUUUCUUUUAAAUUUUUGGAACGUGGUUCCUUGAUGUUUUUCUUUUUUUUUUUUGAAUUUAUUCUUUUUUUUUUAUAUAUAUAAUUGUAAGAGAUUAGUUGCAAUAAAUUAGAAGAGUUGCAAAGGAAAUCUUAUAUUAUUUUUAUAUUGUUAAAUCGGCAAUAUUACCGAGGUAAUAUCGGCCUAGGAGGGGAGUUUGUAACGAAGUAAAUCGUUACUGUAUUUCUUUUUGCUGUUCCUAGUUAGUGAGACGUUAUAUUUUGUUUUAUCGUCGUCUCAUUCUCGUUGCAUCGUUUCUCUGUCAGCGUCGUUAUUUCAGAGUUCGUUGAUCACCGUCGUGCGUAGUCCGUCAAGUCGUUUGAGAAAUGAUUUGACGCAUGAGCAAUUAGGAGUUGGUCACAUGGUCAGCGGUCCCACUUUUCGGCGGGCUAACAGGUGCCGUCGAGUGGGGACGAGAGAGAUAGCUUGAUGGAAAAUUAGGAGUUCUGAGAAAGAAAAAGGGUUUUCCAUGAAUUUUACCGGCGUUUCGAGGAAGCAGUGCAGCGUGGGUUCGUCAGAGAGUUCUCAGCGGUUUCAGAGAAUAGACGUGAUUUUGAGCGGUCGUGUGGCUACAGAGUUAGAGAUAGAGUCGAAUUGAAAUAGUUCUUUAAUUUAGUGUUUAGUUCUGAAUUUAUUAGAUUAAGUUUCAUUUUUAGUAUUACUAGUUGUAAUUUUAGUAUUCUUUUAUUUAAAUAAAUAAGUUUAAAAUAAACAAUUGUUUGGUGAUUCCUUUUUGGAUAUUCAAAAUUGGAUUGCCAGGUUGAUUGCCGAACGAGAGAAAUCAUCACCAAGUAAGGAGUUAAAGGUGUUUUCUGUCCAGUUUCUUCCUGGAAGGAAGAUUAUUUUGAAGUUAAAGACUCACCUUUAUGAGGAAGGAUAUAGUGAUGAAUAUGGAAAAUA